GGUCGUGGCCGCCGUCCGCAGUGCCGACGGCCGCUACAUGUACGGCACCGUCGCGGGCGGCGACUUACGCCUGGCUCAACCAGACGCAGUGCAGCGUCACAUCCGAGCCCACGGCUUUUGCCGUCGCCGCCGACAUGACCGCCCGCACCAUCCGCGUCUCGCCGCUGCCCGCCGCCGCCGCCCCGCUGGACAUGGACCCGACGCGUGCCCUGGUCAGCAAUUCGUUCCACGCCGUCAGCUACAAGUCCCAGACCCUGAGCACGCUAUACACGUCCGUCAUCGGCGACAACCUCCGCUUCAACGCCCUCAACGUCGCCAGGCGGAGGAGGCAGGAGGACACAGGUGACGGCAGCAGCAGCGGCGGCCGCCAGGCCGGCGAGCAGGACGUCCUGACGGGCCUGCAGGGGGCCCUCGAGGUGGUGCUCGACAGCCUCCUGGGCGCCGUCGGCGCCGCGCAGAUCAUGCUGACGCGCGACACGCGGCCGGCCGCGGCGGCGACCCUGGUCGUCGAGGCUGUGCGCUUCGGCGAGCCCGCCUUCGUGUAACCGUCGGCCGCGCUAGCGGCGCUGCUCCUGGCCGUCGUCGCGUGCGAGGUGGUGCGGCUGGCGUUAUUCGCCGAGAGUCCUGGCGGUGGCGCGGCGGCUCCGGGUGUGGACCGCCUCGACCCCAAGUCGGCCAUCCUGGCGACGGCCAAGGGUUCGCUAGUGGUGACGAUGGACGGCGAGGUUGGGGCGCUGCGACUGUCAAGGGCAUCGGGACGCCGGACGGGGCGGGCACAGAGACUGCGGCAGCUCGGGAUUCACAUCAUCGGCGCCGAUGGAAGAUGCGCCCUUGCAAGGCCUAGCACCAGUCGGCCACCACUAACCGGUCCAGGACCACAGCAUGUUCAACGCGAUCCAGUUUUGAAUAGCCAUGACAAGAACAUGAUACCCUCUGCAUUCAUCACCUGUCUGUCAUAGUGCCCCAGUUCAGCGUAAUCCCUCAACCCGCCCAGCCUUUGGCUAUCAUACUUGCUGCUAUUGCUCCCUUCAAAUUCC